AUUUUUUUUUGGGAUUUCCACAUCAGAAAACCAGAUCGCUCUUCGUUCUGGGAGUCAGAAUUAGAUUCUUUAACUUUAUUAUGGAUAUUCCCUGCCACCAUCACGGCCAGUUGGAGAGGAAUGCUUCCGACAAGGCUUUGCUGGAUGAACUCCUACUUCAAGUAUGCUUGGUAGAAGAGAUAGUCCAAGCAUACAUACAAAAGUUGCGACAGCACAUCCUAUAUCGCCCACUUCUACUUGUCGGAAUCUGCAUUUGCCUCUGUAUCCAUGCUGUGGGCCUAUCUCUUCACCUGGCUAUGAGAAAGGCUGAAUCGUUCCUUUUACAGUCAGCCCAAGUUGAUCCUGCUUCCCCUCCUCAAGAAGGAACUCCGAAUAAAGAUAUGUUGCGGUUUAAACUGAGUGAAGAAAUUGCCAUCGCAAAGGAAUCGGGGCAGAAGAAAACCUGCGAGAGCAAGCCUUCAUUCAAUCUACCAACGGAGAUAGCACCCAAAGGGACAUCCAUUGCGGGCCCACCACCCACUAAACCGAAGACAUUCUCCAUUGGAGAUAUAGUUGCGCACAAAAUUAGGUUGCUAGAACGUGGGAAGAACCCAGAAAGGUUGUUGAAUCGGGCCAUAAAUCUACGAGACAUGAAUACAAGCUGUGCCCUGUUAGAUAUGAGAAAGUGGAACGACACCGAAGGUCCUAAACAGACUUUUCCAAUACACGAAGCCGCUAUCACUGGAGAUAUUCAACUUUUCCAUGUCGUCUUAAAGAACACGAAGAAUAAAUGGGUCGGGGCGGGUAAUAGUGGGAAAACUGCACUGGAAUUCGCAGCCUUGCAUGGACACCAAGGCAUAUCGGAGAUACUUUUGGAACCUACCAAUUUCGAAGCAGAUGUCGAGAUCCCGUUCAAAGCGCUCAAAGGAGCUAUUAAGCAGGCAGAAGCAGGUGGUCAUCAAAAUUUAGCCAAAUGGCUGACAGGGCGACUCCGGGGGAUCGAAAAAGCUAAGAAGGAACAGGAUUUCAUGCUUUCAGUGGAGCGAGGCGAUUCGGUAGCUGUUAAAGACUUUCUUGAGGUUGGAAUCAGCAAACCGCAAGCAUUAGCUGUUGCUCUGAGAAACAGCCGAACAGGUGUUGCAUCCUUACUUCUGCAAUCUAUGGAAAAUGGUCAUUCAUAUAACCUGUUUGACGCAAUUGAUCAAUCAGCAGCCUUGGGAGAUUUAGGGGCUGUCGAGUUGGUUCUGUCAAAGGUUCCAGAUAUGGAGAGGCAACGGGCAACUCACCAGGCUCUCACAGUCUCAUUGGACUUCGAGCAUAAACAGUUAUCAAGGCAACUGUUGAAAUCAUCUGAAAUCGACCCUGGAUUCGCGCUCAAACAGGGCGCAUUGUUCAGGGACCCCGAAGUCGUCACCUGGUCACUCCGUAACAACGUGAGUGGUUUAAUCGACAAAAGUUGUCUCACCGCUGCCCUCCAUUACGCAAUUACCCCAGAUAAACAAAGGCUUGAUGCUCAACUUAGCAAUUGGACAAAAGUGGUACAAUUACUGUUAGAGGGUGGUGCAGAAUUGGAAACAGGUCAUGGCUUUUUGGGAAGCGCCCUACGCCACGCUGCCGCGAAUGGAGAACCCGCGAUUGUAAAGCUCUUACUUGGUCAUGGAGCAGAUGUUAAUGCUCAAGGCAUUUUCG